AUGGCUUGGCAAGCAGCCCUUCUCCUUCUGUUGGCAAGCCUUGCAGCAGCAUCAGGAGCACCGGGUAUUGCUCUGCCCAACUGCCAACCGAAGUGCGGAAACGUUAGCAUCCCCUACCCCUUCGGCAUCGGCGAAGGCUGCUUCCUCGAAGGCUUUGAAAUCACAUGCGACAACAAGUCCUUCAACCCUCCCAAGCCCUUCCUCGACCGCGGUAACAUCGAUGUCCGAGAGAUCCAGCUUAUCGAGGGCCUGGUGGUCGUCACUAACUUUAUAGCCCGUGACUGCUUCUUUAAGAAUGGCAGCCAAGGGAAUCACACGUACACGUCCGUCAAGCUUAGCAAGUCCUUCAAGUUCUCCACAACCCGCAACAAGUUCGUGGCGAUCGGGUGCGACACCAUGGGACACCUCGUGGAUGAGGAGUCGAGGUUCAACACUGGGUGCCUUUCGGUGUGCAAUAGUUCCAGCUACAUCACUAAUGGGACGUGCAACGGCAUCGGCUGCUGCGAAACAGUUAUUCCAAACGAGCUCAGGUCCUUUAGGGUUUACGUCACCAGCUUUCGCAACCACACCGGUUGUUGGGAUUUCAACAAUUGCAGCUACGGUUUCUUGGCUGAUGAGCGGAUGCUAAACUUUAGCGUGGACAGCUUCUCUCGUCUUGCCAACACAGAACGCAUGGCCGUGACGCUGGACUGGGCUAUAGGGAACAAGAGCUGCGAGGAAGCUCGCAAUAACCAGGCUAGUUUUGCGUGCAAGGCCGAGCACAGCAACUGCGUGAACUCCGCCAACGGAGGGGGAUACCGCUGCAAUUGCUCGGAAGGAUUUGAAGGCAACCCUUAUCUUGAAGACGGAUGCCAAG